GAGAGAGAGAGAGAGAGACACGCCGAGAGAAACAGAGAGAGAGAGAGUGAGUGAGAGACGCAGAGAGAGAGAGCUUUACUGUAUUUAUGGCUUCUUUUAUUGUAUAUCUGCUCGCGUACACGGCGAAAACGCUUCGCUUCGGCGCGUGAAGCGAGGCGCGCGACGCUGCUGGCCGUCCCCGGUCGACCGCGCGGAGGGCUGCGGGCUGAGGGGCUGAGAGGGGCGGUCAGGUUAGAUACGCUUUGUUUUUGUCCGCUUUUUUUCUUGGUUGCCAUUUUCAGGAUCCAGAGAUCUGUGACAGCUCCUCGGCUCCUCGGCUCCUCAUUUCUGGGGGAUUUUUUUUCUUUUUAUUAUUAUUUUUUGCUUCUGAAAGGGGAGGAGGGGGGUUGAGACCCCUCUGCUGGGUUCCAGUCCUUAUCAUUAUUGCUAUUAUAAUCAUUUUUCCCUCCCUGAGGAUUUUGAGGAUUUUGAGGAUUCUCCUGUUCCCAUCCUGGAUGUGCUGGGUGUGAGUGGUGUGCGGGUUUUGGGUGUAAAUGCUGGGGAGCGUAGCCCCCUCCUGCAGGCUCCAGCAGCCGCUAUGCCUCAGGAAUAUCUCGGAUAUUUCAGCCUGUUGAUGAAAGUGGAGCGAAGAAGAAGAAGAGCCGGAUUUAGUCCUGCAGUGUGAGUGUGUGUGUGUGUGUGUGUGUGUAAGGCCAUGGAUCAGUGCAGCGCCUGAAAAAAAAAAAACCCAUCUGGACAUAAACACAGGGGUCGAAGGUCAAGAAAAAUGAGGGGAUAGUGAUGUGGGGUGUGGAGGACAGGAGGGAGCGCAGGAGGUGAAGAAGAAGAGGAAGAGGAAGGUGGUGGAUGGGGCUGAGGGCUCACACACGGAUCACACACACUCAUACAUGCACUUUACUUCAUGUAAGAGGCCGAAAGGAAGCCUGUUUCCUGGCAUUGGGGGUCCGGGGGGGGGAUUACUCUACGUUAAGGACGGGACAGAACGUUUACGGUGAGGAGACGCAGAAGGCUCAGAGUUAGAGGCCGACACACACACACACACUGACGGGCGGACGCUGAGAAGAAGAAGAAGAAGAAGAAGAAGAAGGACGGGGUCUGAGGGAGUGGGUUUGAAGCAUGGGCUGUGCUUCAAGCAUCCAUAUUUCGGACAGGGUGGUCUAUCACAGCGGAAAAGAAGCUGAGGACUCGCACUCACCGCCGCAGAGCAACACUCACCCGGGGCUGCCCAUCAAACCCUCCAACAAGAGCUCUCUGACCGAGGUGCAGUUCGGACCAAUGAAGUUAUAUGAAGAUCAGCUUCAGGUACUGUUAGUGUUUGCCAAAGAGGACAGCCAGAGCAGCGGGUUCUGCUGGGCAUGUGAGCGAGCGAACUUCAGGGUGACCGUGGCUCGCACGCCCGAGUCGGCGCUCCACAGCUUUCUGGAGAAACACCAUGACCUCAUCAUCAUCGACCACAGACAUUCCAGAAACUUCGACGCAGAAGCGCUCUGCCGCUCUGUCCGGGCGCUCAGCUCCUCUCAGAACACUGUUAUUGUUGCUGUUGUGAAAAGGCCGGACCGUGAAGAAGCCACUGUGAUGCCUCUGCUGUCAGCUGGAUUUAACAGGCGCUAUGUUGAGAACCCCAAUGUGAUGGCCUGCUACAAUGAGCUGAUCCAGCUCCACCAUGGAGAGAUCCGCUCGCAGAUCAAACUCAGAGCCUGUAAUGCUAUCUUCACGGCCCUGGAGCAGAGCCAGGACGCCAUCGAGAUCAGCAGUGAAGACCAGCUGAUCCAGUAUGUUAACCCUGCGUAUGAGAGUGUGAUGGGGUACCAGCAGGGGGAGCUGAUGGCCAAGGAGAACGUUGAAGUGCCUAAAAGCGAGAAAAACAAACCUGACCUGCUGGAGAGCAUCAAUAACUGCAUCCGCAAAGGAAAGGAGUGGCAGGGUCUUUAUUACGCCAAAAAGAAGAACGGAGACAGCGUCCAGCAGAAUGUGAAGAUAACGCCUGUCAUCGGACAGGGAGGUAAAGUCAGACACUAUGUGUCCAUAAACAGGCCUUUAAACGACAAUAACAAGUCUGAGCGCGUCCAGGCUGAAUCACAGACAGAUAUUCAGUCCAGCAAGCAUAAAGACCGGAGGAAAGGAUCUCUGGAUGUUCGGUCCACAACAUCACGUGGCAGUGAUGGAAGCUCUCAGAGGAGACACUCCUCCAUGGCAAGAAUCCACUCCAUGACGAUCGAGGCUCCCAUCACUAAGGUGAUAAACAUCAUUAACGCUGCUCAGGAGAGCAGUCCAAUGCCGGUAGCUGAGGCUCUGGACCGAGUGCUGGAGAUUCUCAGGACGACAGAGCUUUACUCUCCUCAGCUGGGUACCAAGGACGAGGACCCCCACACCAACGACCUUGUUGGGGGGCUCAUGACGGACGGGCUUCGCAGGUUAUCGGGGAACGAGUACAUCUUCUCUACUAAACAUCCGCAUCACCUGCCGAGUCACCUGACUACUCCUCUGUCUCUGAAUGACAUCCCGCCCCGCGUGGCGCAGACCAUGGAGAACGAGGACUCGUGGGACUUUGACAUCUUCAGCCUGGAGGCAGCAACCAUGAAACGGCCGUUGACGUAUUUGGGGCUGAAGAUUUUCUCGCGGUUUGGAGUUUGUGAGUUCCUGAGCUGUCCGGAGGCGACGCUGCGUUCCUGGCUGCAGGUCAUCGAGGCCAAUUACCAUUCCUCUAAUUCCUACCACAACUCCACACAUGCUGCAGACGUCCUGCACGCCACUGCGUACUUCCUCUGCAAGGAGCGCGUCAAGCAAAGUCUGGAUCCCAUAGAUGAAGUAGCGGCUCUGAUCGCAGCGACGGUGCAUGACGUGGAUCACCCGGGCCGCACCAACUCGUUCCUGUGUAAUGCAGGCAGUGAGCUGGCCAUCCUGUACAACGACACAGCCGUUCUGGAGAGCCACCACGCCGCCCUCGCCUUCCAGCUCAGCACCCGGGACGACAAGUGUAACAUCUUCAAGAACAUGGAGAGGAAUGAGUACCGCUCACUGCGGCAGGCUAUCAUAGACAUGGUGCUGGCCACUGAAAUGACCAAACACUUUGAACAUGUCAACAAAUUUGUGAACAGCAUCAACAAACCACUCGCAGCGUUGGAGGAAAACGGGGCUAAUGGAGAUGAUGAGGCAGUGAAGGGGAUUCUGAUGGUGCCGGAGAAUCGGAUCCUGGUGAAGCGGAUGCUGAUAAAGUGUGCGGAUAUCUCCAACCCCUGCAGACCACUGGAGCUCUGCAUCGAGUGGGCCGGACGCAUCUCGGAGGAGUACUUCGCCCAGACGGAUGAGGAGAAGAGGCAGGGGCUGCCCGUGGUGAUGCCUGUGUUUGACCGGAACACCUGCAGCAUUCCCAAAUCCCAAAUUUCCUUCAUCGAUUACUUCAUCACAGACAUGUUCGACGCCUGGGACGCGUUUGCAGAUCUGCCGAAUCUCAUGCAGCAUCUGGACAACAACUUCAAGUACUGGAAAGGCCUUGAUGAGCGGAAACUACACACUCUGCGGCCUCCGCCGGAGUAACACACACACACACACACACACACACACACACACACACACACACACACACACACAUUUACUUAUACAUACACUUAUACACACACACACACACACACACACACACACACGCACACAUGCACACACUUAUACACAGACACAAACACACACACACACACACACACACACACACACACACAGAGCGCCACUUAGAGUCUAAACUCAGACUCCACUGUGACUGACAGAGGCCUGAGAAACUCAGCUGUUCAGAACUGCAGGGAAGCCUCCGUCCACCGGGAGCACGGCCGGCUGUGUCCGGCCUGACGGGCAGAGAGAGACUUCUACAGGAAGAAAGUAUCCACCGUGGUCCGGUUCCUCGAUCCGGUUCCUCGUAAAGGAACACUAAGAACAACAACACACUCCAUCCACAUGUUCACUCAUUUAUUUGUUUGUUUGUUUGUUUGUUUGCUGUCUGCAGGGCUGAGCGACAGAUCUGGACUCUAAAGUUCUGCAGAUCCAUGAAACUCUACACUCACACUGCUAUUUAUUUCACUGUAGGGGUUUUUAACUGAAGGAGGAAGAUUUGCUAACCAACACAAACGAACGCAAGAUGAGAAGAAUGAAAAGCCAAAGUUGAUGAACGUUUAUAAAUUAUAAUCCUGAGUCUCGUCUGUAUUUAAUAUCCACAGGUUUAAAACAGAAAGAAGAAGCAUUAAUGUAAAAUGUUUAUUUUUUACUGAAUGAAGUCUGAAUCUCCCAGAAGCUCAGUCGCGCCAGACGGAGGCAGAAACGAUCCGCUGCUUCGGCUGUUUCUGCCAGCAGUGUGUCAAACUUCUGGAUAACAGUGACUCACAAUAAUGACUCAUUCUCUCAGAUUAUUGAUUCCGUAUCUCAUGAGUUACUUUCUCUAAGUUUGAUGUCGUUUUUGAAGUAAGGGCCAAUGUUCUAAGAACGUUGACUUCGUAACUCAAAAUAAGGUUCGUUUUCCUGAAAGUUCCGAUCUUGCGGUAAUGACUUUGAAUUUGAAUUGAUUUGAUUUAAUGUUUGUAAAAAUUACUGAUGUUCUCAAACUGUUGACUUAACUCAAAAUGACGACUAAGGAUCUCAAAAUAUUGACUUGAAAGAAGACCGACUUGGCCGCAGGUCGAAACAGUGAAGUCAGUGUGAGAAGUCAUCGCUUUGAGGCGCGAGUCAGAAUGAUUGGUGUGCUGCAGUCAGAAACAGCUGAGGGACAGUAAAGCCGGUGGUGUUUCUGCUCUGCGUGGUGUGAAGGUUCUUCUGUAGAAUCUUCCUGUUGCACUGUAGAGGAGGCGUGUGGCGUGUAUGGAAAGUGGGCGGGGCUAAGUGGUUGGGUGUGGGUGUGGGUGUGUGUGAACUCUACACAGCAUGGCUUUCAAUACGAGCAAAAAUCUGUGAAAAAAAAUCCCCAAGUUUUGGGCUUGAAGGACGUUUUUCCUCCCGGAGUUGUUUUGUAUCUGGUUUAUCCUACUGACAGACUGCCUUAUUUUCUACAAUAUUUAUACAGCUCACCCACUGUCGACCCACAGCGGACAUCUGGAGUUUUUAAUAACACCGUCAGAAAGUCACCUUAAAGUAAAUCUCCAUAUUUUUGUAUAGACUGACUUUUACACUGGAACAAACAGAGCAGAGGGAAGCGAUCCGUCUGUGGACUGGAGCGUUGGGCGCAGCGCUCUGAACCGGCGGGACGCUCCCGUGUGGCCUGUGUGGGUUCGGUGCAGGUGUGCGCUCACCUGUGCGGACUCCUGAGUCCACACCUGGCUGCAGAGCGACAUUGUGGAACGUUAGGAAGAGCUUUCCCAAACCCGCCGCCGAUUCUGUCCUUAAACACCCGCCAGGAUUUACUCUCUCAAUCAGGGUUCGUUUUUUAUUCUGAUUCGAUACUACAGCACAGAGGAAAGAAGAAAUACUUAGAGAGAAUAAUAUUGAAAUUGAUAAUAAAUAACGACAAUGUGUAUUUUGA